UUGUUUAGUAGUACUCAUCACAUUUGAUCUGUCUUGGAUUUUAUUCCUGCAAUGAGGCGAACAACCCUAGGCCCUCUUAACAUAGGAAAUCAGAGCAGACCGGUCGCUCGGGAGAAGAAAACUUCUCUUGGAUCGAGAGCUUCAAUAGGAAAUAGGACAUCACUCGGUAGACCUUCGACUUCGGGGAGACCUUCGCUCGCUGGUGCAAGAUCAUCAGCGACUGGAAGGAGACCAUCUAGCCAAUAUGGGAGAGAAAACUGUGUUCAGAUGAAAGAUCCGCGGCCCCUCUCCGACAGAGGAUACCAGCAAAAAAUGAUUAGAUAUCUUAUGGAGUUCCUGACAGAGUUUCAUUAUCCACAUCAAAUUUCCAUGAGAAUUCUGAGUGCUCCUUCUACAAAAGAGUUCUGCAACAUUUUCCAGUUUCUUUACAAGUACAUAAAGGCAGACACUCAAAAAAACACUUCACUGGAAUCCAAACCAGCAGAGGAGAUCCCAAGGAUUUUCAAGAUGUUAGGUUAUCCAUUUACAAUUUCAAAGAGUAACCUGCACUCUGUUGGAAGUCCUCAUGCUUGGCCCAUGGUACUCGGUGCACUAUGCUGGCUUAUUGAACUUAUCAAGCAUGCCAUGAGUGUUGGUCAGGAUAUUGAAGGCCAUGUUCUGUUCCCUGAGGACAAUUACAGAGCUGGUGAAGAAUACCAAGAUGGGCCACAACCUGAAGACAAGUACUUUUUUAGGUAUUUGGAGAAGAGUUAUGCUGCUUUCAUGAUGGGGACAGAACUUGAUGAACUGGGAGAAUUUGACAAUGAGUUUAUUGAUAGCAUAAGAUCAAGAAAUGCUGUUCUGCUUGAAGGAAAUGAAGACCUGAUGAGAGAUAACCUAAUGCUAGAGGAAGAAUUGAAUGCCCUGAAAAAUGAUUCUUCACGUCUCCAAACGUUAGCUGAAAGAAAGAUAACAUUAACUUCUGACAAGGAAAAGUUUCAGAACUACCUAGGAGACUUGGGGAAGAGUACAAAACAGUUGGAGGAAAAGAAUGACCAGCUUGUCGAGGAACUAAGAGGACUAAAAGUGGAACAAGAUGCCAUCACCCAAGAAAAUGCACGGCUUCAGCAAACUCUGAACAACCAGGAGCUGAGUUCUGCAGAUGUUGAAAGAAUGAAGCAUGAGAAAAAAGAACUACAGAAGGCCAUUGAACAACAAGAAAGGGAAAGAGAUUAUUUUAACCAGCAGAUCUGGGAAAAAGAGAUGCAAUUUGCGAAAAAACAUGAAGAGACUGAGAAGCAUGUACGAGAAUAUAACGAAAUGGCAAGGAACUUGAAAUUGAUUCCACCCUCAGCAGAAAAUGCAAAUGGUAUUGACUUUGAGAUGCACUUCAAUCCACACUCACAAAGACCUGAUCAGAGAGCUCACAUGGACUUUAAGGGAACCAUAAAGCCUGCCCUUCUUCAUCUCAAACAACAAAUCAGUGAGAAGAGUCGUACCACUCAGUCUCAGGUCAUCACUGAAGAGGAAGCAUUUGAUCAGAUAAGUGAGAUGGUGGCAGACAAACAAGAAGAGGUGACAGCUCUGGAGAGCAAACUGCAAGUACUGGACAAGGAGUUAGAUUGGAAAAAGGAGAUCAUGGCAAAAGAGUACCAGAAAACCACUGGAGCUUCACAGGGUUUGGAGGAAAGUGUCCAACAGAUGAGAGAGAAGGUGUUAGAAUCUGAGGAGGCAGUGGAAGACAAAGAAAGCACCCUGAAGGAAAUAAAACUCAGAGUGGAGCAAAGUGUUGUUGAGCGACAGAAGGAGAAAGAAGAAUAUUCAGAUUUUAUACUGAAGGCAAGUCAUAUGAUCAUGGAACACAAGACUCUUAUUCAGAAUCGAACACAUGAGCUUCUGAAGCAAGCAGAAGAAAUUUAUGAGCAAACAAAACAGCUUGAGAUUCCUAAAACAUCCAUACAUAUUCCACAGGAAAAUGGGGAAGAAAAUUAAAAUACUAGCAGAGCAAGAGUUUUUUUCUGGUACUGUAAUUUGAGUUUCUAGUAAUUCAUGUCUGAGGCAUUGUAUUAUAGAAACUUUUUAGUUAACAGCACAUUUUCCUAAAAUUUAUAAAUAAGUGAACAAUUAACUCAGAGUACUUUUAGUUGCUAGGGAAAACAAAGUAUAAAUGCUUUUCUGAGUCCCCCCUCCAGGUAUUACUCGGCUUUUCCAAGACAAAGCUGUAAAGUGGAAUUUUAAACUGCCCUGAUCUUCUUGCACAAGGAGGUGUAAAUGGUUGUCUGAUUUGAAUUGUUAUUUAUUGGAACAGAGAAGUGUUUUGGGGUAAAAUGCAAUAUUUGAGAGUUUGUAAUUGUUCAUGCAAGUUUGUAAGGAAAGUUUUUUUUCAAUCCAUGUAAACUAGAUAUUGUCUUGCCAGUACAUAUCAUCCUCUUGUUUAACACAGUCUUUUAUAUUUAUAGUGCAGUUCUAAAUGUGACUAAGUAUCAGACAUCAAAUUGAGAAUUUAUGAUGAACAGUGUAUGUUACCUACUAAAGGAAUAAAAACCCUCUU